UCAGCCCUGGGCAGGACCAGGCUCAACGUGCAGCUGAUCCUCAGCCCCUGGCAGCCUCCGGAGAAAGAAACCACUCCUUGCCUUACCCCGGAGGUGUGCUCAGUGGGCAGCGGCCGCAGGUAAAAGGGCUUCCCGGCAUCUCUCCUCCCCUGCCUCUCCUACCUGGUGCCCAUGGCCGAGGAGAAGACCUUUCGUUACGGGUUCAUCAUGCUGGGUUUUUUCCUGGUGAUGACGGGGAUGUUCAUCAUGAGCGUGGAAAAGCCCCAGAUCUACAUCACCUUCUGCGCCCUGGGUGUCCUGCUCGUAGCCGUGGGCAUCACCUGGAGCAUGUGCCAGUGCUACCCGAAGAUAACGUUCAUCCCUGUGGACCCCGAGGCCGAGCGGUUCCUGGACCACAAACCCAUCGUGCUGCCGGAGAGGGACACCCGCUUGCAGGCACCCUGCCCCAACCAAGAGGCUACCAGCACCUACGAGAAAAGCCCACUGUCCUACGAGCAGAUCCAGAGGCAGGCGGUGGGCUCGGACCCGCUCCCACCCACGGCCCAGCCCAGACCCCGCAGCUGCUCCCAGCCGGCGGUGCAGGCGAAAGCAGAGAUCCACUGGGAGCUGGGGGGUGCUGGGGACCCCCCCCGAGAACCAGCGCCUCGGCUGGAAACGGCGGCAGGCAGCUGCCCCCCCCAGCCAGCCGCAGGGGACGCACCGCUGGCAUCCCUCCUGGAGGACAUGGACACGCCGUCGCUGGAAGGCUCUGUGCCCGGCAGCCCCGUGCCACGGGGCCGAACUCCCCCACCAUCUGCCACCCGCUCUGGCUGUACCCCGACCAGCUCCCCGGUGGGGGGACAGCAACCCGGUUCCCCCCACAAAGGUGCUGGGGAGGAGGGUGACCUUUAUUAUGGGCUCCAAGAGGGGUCGGAUGCUCUGCUCGAGGAUAGCGACCGCCUUUUUGAGCCUGAAAACUGAUUUCCCGGAGAGAAUGGCCUCUUGGCAUGGACUCGUCUCGUGGAGGGGAUGCAAACGUCACAGACUGGGAGAAAGGGGCUGGGGCUGACCCCCAAAAGUGCAGCACUGGCAGAACGGAGGAGCCCCCAGGCUCCUGCCAAGCCCCCGUGCCACGCUGCGCCCCUCGCGCCCACCCAGCUGCACGGGUGGCUGCCACCCCGCAAAACCCGAGGGGACCGCCACCACCUCCCCAAUUUCUGCAGCAGAGGGGACAAGGUCCCCCUCGCUGGAGCCCUUUGGGUGGGCGCAGAUAAGCACGAAUGCUGGGCUGGGCAGGAUCCAGGCUAACUAAUGUCUUUAGGAAGGGAAAAGAUUAGCUUUGCUGCUUGAAACAGGAUCAGCGUUUAGGCGGGUAAAGAUGUAUUCACCCCGGGUAGGCUUUACGCGGCGGGGAUAUCCGCAAAGCCUUUUUCCCCCUUAUCAAAGCUCCCCCCCGGAAUUAAAAUUAGAUCCUGAGACUCCUGCAGCAGGCAGCCUUCACGUCUCCAGGUUGGGAGAGGGGGGUGACGGCGGGGGACAGACCGUGCUGUCCCCCAACUCCUGCACGAGGACCAGCGUCCAGCGCCAGCGGGGGCAGAGGGAGGAGGACUCGGCUGAGCUGAAACCCCGGCGAUGGCAGUGGCUUCCCCAGGGCCGCUCGAGGUGGUGGCUUUGGGCAACAUUUUCUCUCUCCGCUGGGUCGGCGUCAACAGCCGCAGCGCCGCGGGUGGCUUUGCGUGCCGGUGCCCGCCGUCCCCACACUCCCUCCGAAUAAUAAGCGCUCGUUUCAAGUCACGUUGAUGGAACUAAGCCUGGUUUGUCACCACGACGGGGGCGACGCAGCG